GCAGUCGGCAGUCAGUCGGCGAAAGAGCUCCGGCGCACACAGAUCGAUCUUUCGCGUUCUGCGUUCCCCAGAGAUAAGUCCACCCCCAGGAUGAGAUUGCACAGCCUGCUGCCGCUCCUGGCACUCCUUGUCGCCCAGGCGGCCGGUCAAGAUCCCCCGUCGAAUGCCGGAUCAACGACCAACUCCUCCACGGACAGCAGACCAAGGAUUCCCACCAACGAUGAGAUUCUUGGCCAGAUGCCGCCCAUCUCUCCCAUUCGCACCGGCAAUCCCCAGAUGGACGCCUUCUACAUGAUGUUCCCAGCUUUGGGCAGCCUCCUCCGCUGGGGCAGCCUGUUCCCGGCCUACUCGUUCCUGGGUGCCAUGCCCGAUAACCUCCAGCCCUCGGCAGCUGCCUCCAAGGUGGUGCUCGUCCUGGCCGAGGAUGCCACGGCCAAGACGCGAAUUGCUCGUCAGAAUCAAGCGCCCAAUCCUCUGGGUCAGCUGAUGAACUGGCCGCAGGACUUCCAAAUGCCUGCAAUGCCCGACUUUGGCCCGCAGGUGGGUUCGUUUUUUGCCCAACUGCCGACUUUGCCGUCCAUGCCUAGCCUUUUGGGUGCCACAGCUCCAGUUCCUGCUCCCGCUGCUGAUCCUGCUCCUCCGGCACCGGCACCAGCUGCCGAUCCUCCAGCAUCCGCUGCUGCCGACACGGUUGCCCAACAACCUAUCCUAAGUCAGGCAGCUCUGCAGAACGCCUUCUCCUUCCUGAAUCCGGCGAACUUUGAUGCCAGCAAUAUACUGGGCCAGGGUAUUCCCCAGCUUCCCCCGCUUCCCCAGCUCUCCCAGAGUGCUCCUCAACUUCCCCCUCCAAAUAUGGACUUCGUGGCCCAAAUGCAGAGGCAGUUCUUCCCACAACAAACCGCUGGAACGGAUGCCCAGGCCUCCGACAUAUCCGAGGUGAGGGUGCGUCCCGAGGUUUCCUACUCGCCAGAGGCACAGAUGGCCCAGCAGAAGAUCAAUGCGGCACUGGAGAAGGAGCAGGAUCAGGAGCGAGUGCCCCUCCUUUGGUUCCGAAUGCCCAGCACUCAGGGCCAGGAUGCGGCGGAGGAGAAGACCCUGGACGAUCUGCGAGUGGAGGCCAAGUUGAGGGCCUUCGAGCAUCAGGUGAUAGCCGAAUUGAAAAUGCUGCAGAAGAUCGAGCUGCUGGCCAAGCAGAUGAGGUCCAGUGCCGCCGCGCAGUCUGGAGAUUCUCCCAACCGGGUUAGCUACCCCCUGAGUCGCACACCCGUCCACAAGAUCACACGGGCCGAUAUCGAGCAGGCUCUGCGGGAUGAUUAUGUCCGGCGAUUGGUCAACAAGGAGGCCCAACGCAAGGUCAGGAACCAACCAGGCCACACCAACCAGAGGGCAAACGGCUUGAAGCGUCAGGCCAUGCCCCAACAGACUCUGUCCAAGGAGGACAUCGUCCAGAUCAUGGCCUAUGCCUAUCGCAUGGCCAACGAGCAGAUGGAAGGCGAGAAGGGCAAGCAGGACAAGAUGUACGCGGCCUACAGGAAUUCCGAGGGUCAGAGGGCCAACCAACAGGCCCAGGAACAGAGGCAGUGGUCAGAGGAUCAGGACAAGAUCCAACAGAAUGAACAGCAGAGGCAAGUGGGGCAGGAUUCUCAGAUGACUCAAAUGAUGCAGCAGCAGCGACAGUGGUCAGAGGAUCAGGGCAAGAUCCAACAGAAUGAACAGCAGAGACAAAUGAUGCAGAAUCCUCGGAUGAUUGAACCGAUGCAGCAGCAGCGACAGAAUGAACAGCAGAGACAAGUGGGGCAGGAUUCUCAGAUGAUUCAAACGAUGCAGCAGCAGCGACAGAAUGAACAGCAGAGGCAAGUGGGGCAGGAUUCUCAGAUGACUCAAAUGAUGCAGCAGCAGCGACAGAAUGAACAGCAGAGACAAGUGGGGCAGGAUUCUCAGAUGAUUCAAACGAUGCAGCAGCAGCGACAGAAUGAACAGCAGAGGCAAGUGGGGCAGGAUUCUCAGAUGACUCAAAUGAUGCAGCAGCAGCGACAGUGGUCAGAGGAUCAGGACAAGAUCCAACAGAAUGAACAGCAGAGACAAAUGAUGCAGAAUCCUCGGAUGAUUGAACCGAUGCAGCAGCAGCGACAGAAUGAACAGCAGAGACAAGUGGGGCAGGAUUCUCAGAUGACUCAAAUGAUGCAGCAGCAGCGACAGAAUGAACAGCAGAGACAAGUGGGGCAGGAUUCUCAGAUGAUUCAAACGAUGCAGCAGCAGCGACAGAAUGAACAGCAGAGGCAAGUGGGGCAGGAUUCUCAGAUAACUCAAACGAUGCAGCAGCAGCGACAGUGGUCAGAGGAUCAGGCCCAGGCUGAAGGAAUGACCCAACAGAAUCCCACGAUGAUGCAACAAAGGCAUUGGGUGGAGGAUCCUCAAGUGGUUCAGCAGAUGCAGCAGAGGCAGUGGAUCGAGGAUGAGGCCAGGAUGCAGCAGAGGCAGAUGAUGCAACAGCAAAGACAAUGGUCCGAGGAGCAGGCUCAGCUGAAUGCCAUGAUGAUGAUGCAGCAAAUGCAGCAGAGGCAGUUGUCCGAGGAUCAGGCCAAGAUCGAGCAGCAGAGGCAGAUGAUGGAAGAGGAUCCCGCGAUGAUGAAGCAGCUCCAGUGGGCCCAGGAGAACCCCCAGUCGGACCAGCAGCCCUCGAUGAUGAUGCAGCAACCACGAAUGGAGCAGACUCCCAUGAUGAUGGAACAGGUCGGCCGAAAUGAUGAUCCAAUGGACGCCAUAGUUGGUGAGGCGGGUCCCCAGAUGAAGGAGAACGAAGGAACCGCCCGGCACAAAGUGGAUUUCUUGGGAAUUGGUGGCAACAAGCGCAAGAAGUUCAAGUCCUCACCGCCCACGGUGAUCAACUAUUACUACCCGGCACCGGUUCAGCGUCCCGCGGCCCAGGGUUACGGAAGUAGUUAUGGAACCAGCUACGGAGGUGGGGGCUACGGAUCGAAUGCCUAUGGUGUGCCCCAACCAUCGAUCUCGUACCGGGCAGCCGUGGGCAACGAUGAGGUGGAUGCAAUGCUGCGCCAGCAUCAAACGAUGGGCAGGACAAUAAACGCCAUUCAACAACCAAGCCAAGUCGGUGGAUCGGAGAGGCAGAAGAGCAGCUCUAAUCCUCCAUUGGCGACGACACCAGCUCCCCAGGAGCAACCACAGUCACAACCGCAAGAGCAUCGAGUCCAAAAAAGGUUAGCCAUUUUUCACAGGUUUGGGCGACGGGUAGAUAAUACCACAUCCAAGGGUUGCGGAUGCGGCAGGUUGGAUUGUCUGUGUGGCAGGAGUUGUCAGUGUGGAAGAUCAGGAGCAGGAGCAGUCAGUUCCAGGGGAUCCUGCCAGUGCAGGGCCAAUCGCCGGAGCAAACGGAACGUGGAGUAUGGAACCCUGGAGACCAUCGAUGAGGGUUCCCUCAACGAACUGCGACGGGAAUACAAACUGGGCCUAAAAGAGAUCACCCUGAGUCCCGAUGAAGAUCCCGCCGAGGCCCUGAUGCGCUACAAUGCGGCCUCCAUUCGCGAGGCUCUGGAGAGGGCCAGUAUGGAGCCAUUGGAGAUUGGUGGAGAUCAGUACGAAGAGGGAACGGAACAGGAGGCCGUGGUGGAGGAGCAACUGCAGCAUGAUCCCAACGCAGGGUACCAGUAUAAUCACCAGGACUUUGUGCGCCUAACCACUUCCACAGCGGCACCAACGACAAGCACCACAGAAGCCACCACUCCAGGUGCCAGUGAAACCACCUCAGAAGCCAUUGCCACAACCACUGAAAGUGCCAAGAAUGAGGAUAUUGAGAUGCAACAGGAUUCCGUGGCCGAGAGCUCCCAUGUAACCAAGUCGAUAUCCAAGCAAGAGCAGGAGAUCCAUCAGCUACACAACAUAGUGGAUGAGCUGAAGAAGGAGAUCCUCAAGCUGAACCUCAGAUGCAGCAAGAUAGUAUCCACCAAUGUGGUCAAAGAAAAGUCAGUUACGAUAAAGGAACCAGCCAAAGUGGAGGAGGAGUCUUCCAAGCAGGCGGAGAAGCCCAAGGUGGAGGAGAAAAAGAAUGAGGGAGAGCCAGCUACAGUUGAGCAGGUGGAGGAGCAGGAAGAGGAGGAGGAGGAUGCCGAGGGUUCAAGUAGCUCCACCACCACCACCAGCACCACAACCACAGGGACUCCACCAACGAAUUCUCCAAAACCUGAGACCAAAUGCCACGUUGCCCAGGACAAGGCCAAAGUGGAUGAGCCAAGUGGUACCUCCAAUAAACUGGACUACGAAGACGAUACCAAUUGGCAACGCAUUCUGGCCAAUAGAGGCUAUGACACGGAUUACCUGACCAAGAACCAUGAGGCACAGUUCUCCCAGGCCCCGAAUCUGGAGAUGCCAAAGGGCAGUAAUUACGAUAACAAUGGCAGCCAGGAGUACGCACCCUAUCCGGAGUUCCAGGCGGAUGAGCCCCAUUCCGAUACGGGGACGGAGGGCAAGACCAAGAGGGCCUUGAGUGUGAAACAGCAGGCGCAGCUACUCAAUGCGGCCCUUAAUGAUGGUGGUAGCGAUGCGAGUGAUUCACCCACCACACCCACACCGUAUGCCAUGAGGGGAAAGUUUGUGCGGCGUAGGAGGACUCCCAGUCCGAGAAUCACAGAGGAAAGCCAUGAUGGUUGGGCACGCUCCACUCGUCAAGUGAAAAUGCCCCAGCGACCCAAAAAGUCCGUGCCCCAGGUGAAAAAGAUCAACUCGCAGGUCACCACGAAGGCCACCGUGAGUAGCACCAAGCUGGACAGUUUGGUGGAUGUGCUCAAGGAUCUGUUGCGCCUGCAAAUCCAGAAGGAGAAAAAGUCCAGUCUCCUCAGGGCCCAGAGCAAUAUCGCCUCGAAAACCCCCAAAACCAUUAAGCCCAUCAAAGUCAUUAAGCGAAAGAGGUUGCGUAGAAGGCAACACAAACCCAUUGCCACCACCAUCAGAACUUCCAUCCAACCUAAAGCAUAA